AUGAAUUCAAGGCUGGCCAGACCAUCGACACCAAAGAAACCUUUUGAUCCAAAUUUAAUAAGAUAAUCCGCUAAAAAGCCUUUCUAAUUCAAAACACAGGAACCAAAAAUACUCAUUAUAGAAUACUACCAUAUUAAUAUUUGA